AUUACAUCUAUAAAACAUGACUAGAGGCAUGAUACCAACAAAAGCAAAGGUAGUAGUCAUCUCACUGAUUUGGGCUAUUCUGGUGUUGGAAAGUGCAACAGUGUCAAGUGCAGUAGAAGAUUUGGUGGUGGAACAGUGCAAGCACAACUGUAAACAUGAUAUCCACAACAAGAAGAAAGAGUGUGAAGAUAAGUGCAAUGAACUGUUGAUGAUGGAGAUAGAGAAAGAGACAAGUGGACGACAAGAAGAAGAACACAAUCCCUUCUGUGAGGCAUUUUGCAACCCCUUUGAAGGACUCUUUCAACAUUGCAUGGCCGUUUGCCCUCGCACCAAGUCCAAACCAGAGAUGAUGGUCAUAGGAGGAGAAGGUGUUGCUAAUGAGGGUUUGCAGACAAAAUGCAACAGAAAAUGCCUGUCUUACACCGAACCGGAGGCCUAUAAAAAAUGCAUAUCCGGAUGCUUCAUGUCCAACGAGGAAGUCUGUGAGACAUCGUGCAGUAUUCUUCAAGAGGAACCGCUCACUAUAAGGUGCAUGAGGAUUUGCCAUGAGAGAAUUCCCGGAGUUGUAGCCUCUACUUAAUGUUUUACGAGGGGACUUGUAAGGAAUAAGUGUGUUUCUUUGGUGUAAGAAUCCAAAUUAAAAGAAUAUUUAAC